AUGGCGGCACCCAGUGGCAGUGUGAACUGUGAGGAGUUCGCCGAGUUCCAGGAAUUACUCAAGGUGAUGAGGACGAUUGAUGACAGAAUAGUACAUGAAUUAAACACUAUGGUUCCAACAGCUUCCUUUGCAGGGAAAAUUGAUGCAAGCCAAACCUGUAAACAACUUUAUGAGUCAUUGAUGGAAGCCCAUGCCAGCAGAGACAGAGUCAUAAAAAACUGUAUAGUUCAGACCUCAGCAGUAGUAAAACACCUCCGAGAAGAGAGAGAAAAGAAUUUGGAUGAUUUAACAUUAUUAAAGCAACUUAGAAGAACAAAGUUGAAAUGGAUGCAGUCAGAAUUGAACGUUGAAGAAGUUGUAAAUGACAGGAGCUGGAAGGUGUUUAAUGAACGCUGCCGAAUUCACUUCAAGCCUCCAAAGAAUGAAUAAAAAGAUACUUUUUUAUAAAAGAGCUGGGACAUCUCAUAAGAGCU